AGAAUAUAUAUGUCCGUACCGCAGCUAAACCCUUGAAGUAGUUACAAACUCCAUAUCAUAGCCAAUAUACCCUUCACGAAGGUGCAGGGUAUAAAAAGAAAAUUAACCAAACCGAAGCUACUUUAUUUAUUUUAAAACGUCAUCUUUUUCAAGAGCAAUGUACUAUUGGAUGAUCAGAUGAUAAUACAAAAACAAAAUUCAUUGCGAAUGAAAGAAAAUUUAGAGAGAACCAGCAAGAGAAAUUAUUUAAUCCAUAUUCUGUAGUACAACUAGAUAUAAAUUCUAAAGUUGUAAAAAAAGCAGAGUUUUUCUUUUUUAUAUACUUAAAAAAUUUAAACCAAAUACGGUUGCGAGAAAUUAUUUCAAAUAUUAUUUUCAUUAAAUAUUACUUUAUAUUAUGGGAAAGCUAUGUGAAUUAAAUGGAUAUAUUCAAUUUUCUGAUAGUGAUAUGAAUUUCGAAACAGAAGAUUAUGAACAUUAUGAAAAAUGUGGCGAGAUAUAUUUUUCAGAAUCUGGAAGAUUUGAAUUAUACUGCAACUUAUGUGAUGAAAGAUUUAUUGAUUAUAGUGUAUUUUUUGGUAAAAAUCAUCUAGAACAACAUUUUAACUACUUUGGAAAUUGCACAGAAAAUGAAGUCGAGUUAGCAGAUAAAAAAAUUGAAAAUCAAAAUAUAACAGAAAAUGAUAAAAAUAAAUUUGAAAUAGAAUUUCGAGAAUAUAAUCCUCAAGAUCAUGAAGUUAACAUAUUUAUAAAAGAUAUUUCAGCUGAGGAUACGGAGGAUGCUUCAGUUAAAAUUAAUGCCGGCAAUAUAAAACAAGUGCCAUUCAAAAUAAAUAAACUCAGGUGCUACGUAUGUUUGGAAACCUUCGUCAAAACAAGCUAUCGUGACCGACAUGUUUUAAAAAAUCAUAGAGAUCAAUACAAAGGUAAAUAUUAUUCUUGUAAAUAUUGUGGACAAGAUUUUCUUCAUAAAAGCCACUUUGAACAACAUAUUCGAAAGCACACAGGUGAAAGGCCAUUUGCUUGUACAAGUUGUAAUAAAUCAUUUAUAUCAAUUUACAAUUUGAAUGUACACAAUUCCCGUUAUCAUCAAGAUAUAAGACCAUACAUAUGUCGAGUCGAUGAUUGUAAUGCUGGAUUUAAAUCCUGGAUCAGUAGGUUAAAACAUGAAAGAUCACAUAACCGAGCAGAGAAACUGCCGUUUAAGUGCAAGGAAUGUGAAAAUAAAUUUGCAAAUGCUGGAGAGAUGACAAGACAUGUAAAAAGCAUACAUAUGGAUAAAGGAAAUUUGCCGUAUGUGUGUAACAUAUGUAACCGUUCAUUUCAUCAAAGGAGACUUUUAAGAUAUCAUAUUUUUACUCAUACAGGAGAAAAACCUUAUGCGUGCAAAGUAUGCAAUGCAAAAUUUUCUAAACCUUCUAUUUUAAGCCAGCAUAAAUUACUACAUUCUGGAACAAAAAAGUAUAUUUGUACCGUUUGCGGGGAAAGAUUUUUUCAAUCUGCUGGAUUAUCUGCUCACAAGAGAAAAAAGGGUCAUUUUGAUGAAGAACCAUAAUUUGAAGUGUAAAAAUUUGUACCACGUCAAAAAUUUUGACUUUUCCAAUAAUCAAACAAAAUUUACAGUUUAUAAACGUUUAAGGUAUUGUAAUCAAACGUACAUAGAUACCGUUUUAUUAUUUAUUAUAUGUAUGGACAUACAGGCACUUAUAUAUUUAAAUUGAUUAUAUGCACAGGACUUAAAUUUUGUUUAUGUAAAGGCCCAUAUAUUUAAAUACGUUAAAUAUAUUAUGAGUCUUUGGUUCAAAUUCAUUAAACUUAAUUUAUUGCAUACAUAUGUAUUUCACAUUUAUGGUUUUGAAGUUUUUCAGUUAAAUUUUGGAAUGCAUAUUUCAUUGUAUGCAUGUACAUAUGUAUUGUUCUUGAAUUUACAUACAUAUGUAAAUUUUUUAAAAACAAUCUCCCCAUUUUUUUUCAAUAGUUUGACUACGUUUUAAAAAUGCCAUUACAUUAGCAUUUGGAAAUCGAUAUUUACUAUAGACAUACAUAUGUACAAUGUACAUAGAUGUAGUACAAACAAAUUUCUAAGAACAAGAGAAUUUGAUUUCAUUUUUAAAAUUUUAUUUGGACAACUAAUACAAAAUAGUUAUUUCAGUUCUUCUUUGAAAAAUAUGCAUGAAUUCGAUGUUUAAAUUUGAUUUUUCGACUGAUAUUAUAAUUAAGUAGAUACAUGCAUAUGCAUGUACAUACAAAUCCAUUAAUGUUUGAUCUAUGCUGACAUAUUUACAUAAAUAAUUGUUUUUUUUACAAGGUGAGAGCAAGAAUAAUGUGCCAGUGUUACAAAAAUAACUACAGUUGGUUUCCUACCAAACCUUAGUUACUUUUUUAAUAUAUUAUUUUCGUAAUUCGUAAAAGUGUAAUAACAAUUAAAAAAACAAUUUACGACAUUUUUUUUAAUAUUUUAAGAUUUAGUAAACUAAGUAACUUUGUUAAAGUUUAAUUGCAUAUUAUAAAUCUUUGUUUCGUAAACUGUUUUAAUAAAUCGCUAGUAUACUUGCACUUAUCCUGGGGAUAUGUAGGUGUACCUAUGUAA